UCACGAGCCGACCACGACCACCACCUCCACCACGACGACCAGCAGCGAACGGGUCAGGCCCAGCAUGGCUCGACUGCCGUCGGUGCCGCUGCUCUUGUCCUCGCUCGCCGACGCGGCCGCAGUCAUCUCCUCGUCCGCCUCGAGUUCACCGUCGCUCAGUCCUCCCAUGGCGGUCUCCUCCUCCUCCCCUGCUGCGACGCAUUGGCCAU